AUGAGUGCUGUAUCUGAGAAUGCCCCAUCCAACGGUACCCUACGCGCGCCGAAAUGCGCCCGCUGCCGGAAUCAUGGAGUGGUGUCUUCGCUGAAAGGUCACAAACACUAUUGUAAAUGGAGGGACUGUGUCUGCCCCAAGUGCUUGUUAAUAGCAGAGAGACAGAGAAUUACCGCUGCAAGGGUGGCCCUUCUGCGCCAUCAAACCAGAAUGGAACCGUUCGAGUCUAAAGGCAGUGGACCAUGCGUUGAAUUUACGCACAGAGGCGUGGAUCACGAAGUAACAUUACCUUCCUUCACGCCUAGAGUGAACUCGGUCUUCUCCUCGAGUCCUCUAUCGGAAUUGACACGACCAGCUUCUUGCCCCGUAACUGAAGAGAAGAACUCGCAACAGCCAGUGCUCAUUAAAGAAGAAAAAAAUGAUCCGGAGUAUUCCAGCAAUGACACUCUUCCCGCAGACGACCGAGGUGAUGAACCACCUCCUAAAAGAUUAGCUAGGAGUGUCUCCCCGCAACUAACAAACGAUAAUGUUUCUCGCUCCCCGUCACCUCGUUUUCACGUGCACGAAAGCUGUCGACCACAGGCAGAUCACAUGAUCAAGGAGAACGAAAGCUCUUUGUUCCAGUUGCCAUGGAGCUCGACUUUCCGUGACCAAGAUGACUUCGACUACACUGUUAAACUUCUACAAAAGAGUCUUGGUGAAUCUGCCUUCAAAAGACGGAAGCCUCCACGACCUGUCGAAGUUCUCAGCAAAAUAUUUCCUUCACACAAAGAAAACGUGUUGGAACUUGUUCUGAAAGGUUGCAGUGGUGAUUUGGUACAAGCGAUCGAAUGUAUUUUCGCUGGCAAGAGUCACCCUAUCGAAUUUCCAGAGCCAGCCCCGUCCUGUCUUUCCACUGCCCCUUUACCUUCUAGUUUUCCCAGCAUUCCGUUCAAGGGAGUUAAACCAACUCUACUUCCAGGUGUUCCUCUGACUUUACCUCUUGCCUCAUUCAACGGUGCUACCAAGACUACGGCGCAUCCGCUGACCUCAAUUGGAGCGCAGGUUCAUGGUGGACUGAGGUUACCUCCCAUGAUACGGAACUGUUCGUUGCAAACUCAAAGAAACGAGCGUGAAGACAGAGAACUAAAUGGAUAUCAUGCGCAAAACGGCCUCCUUAGGCCAGCAUUUUUGCCGUCUUAUCGAGGCUCACCACCCCUGUCCAGAGAAAACAAUUUUUUAGAUAACGAAGUCUCGGUUUGUUUUCGUUGUGGCACAAAAUCUCGAUCUGGUGACCGAUUUUGUGGGAAAUGUGGGAAGGACCUUAAAUGUUGACAGGAUGUACCACUUGUUUGACCGACCGUGAGCCAUCAUCAUCAUGUGGGUCGAGUGAACCAGUAACCUUCCCAGGAAAAACUAAUAGGAAAGUGGUUUAACCAUUUUCGUUUUGUUUUCAUUUUCUUCCAGUUGUAUCAGUUUUGCAACAGGACGUCGUAACAACUAAACUUAAAAAAAGCUGUUCGUGGUCUUUCCCCAGAAGUUUUCAAGUAAGCCUCGACUUGCUGUAUUUGAUCUAAUUCCUUUUUUGUGUCCAAAUAUAUGGCGCUCAUCUUUUAUCGCUACGUCAGCAGAACUAGUGCCGAAAAUAAUUGCUUCGAAAGGGUAGUAGGGUCAAAAUAGUUACUUUUUCA